AUGCGGUUCAGCAGGAUGUUCCCGACCAUUGCCGCCGCCGCGAUUGGUUUGAGCACUUUCGUCAACUCGGCCGCCAUUGAAGAGCGCGCAGCUAACAGCGCCGUCGUUGUCGUCCAGCACCUUGCUGCUCUAUCCACGUCCACGGCCUACAGCACCAGCGAGGUGACCGUCUGGGCCUGCGACUCGACUGUUACAGACUGCCCAGCAGACAGCAGCACUUCGCUCGUCUCCGUCGUCACCUCGGUCGUUCCGUUCUCCACGACGAUCUGCCCGCUCACGGUCACCAGUGUCUCUACCAGUGGAGUCCCAGGCACCAAUUCCGGCCCGCUGUCGACCGUCACCGUCUCAAGCAGCUCCGGCACUUUCUACACCAUUCCCGCCCCGAGCGCCGCCUCUAAUGUGAGCAGCGUGACUGGCUCGCAGAGCGCCUCGGGCCCGUCCAGCACUGGAGUGGUCACUCUCCACUCUACCAUUACCAGCAUGUCGACCGUCACCGUUUCGACUUCCGGAAGCCUUCUGUCGUCCCCCUUGACCGGCACUCUUGUCAAUGCUACUCAGGCAUCUCUCACCGGUACAGCUCCAAGCAUCUCGUACCAGCCACCAGGUGUCGCCACCACGCUCUCCUCGACUGAAGUCAGCCCGUUCGGCUCCACAGCCUACGGCACUGGCGCCGUCACUUCAUCCACCAACGGUACAAUGGUCACGCCGACCCUUCCGUCGUCCACCGAGUCCAUCGUGCCAUUCACUGGGGCUGCAGAGGGCCGGGACUACAAGCGUAUGGUGGUAUGCAUGGUGGUGGCUGUUGGCUCGGCUGUUCUUUUCAUCUGA